AUGGACCCAAGACGCCGCCUCACUGGCUUCGGCGAAGUCCAACUUGGGGAUGCUCCUAUGGGCGCACACCUUGCACAGAUCCGUAUGGGCGAUCGUGGCCCAAGGACGUGUGAUGGGAUGGGCAGAUGGAUGGAACGAGCGGUCAACGGUUUUUUCUUUUUUGUCCUGUCUGUCCGGCAAGUCCUGUAUCGACCAAUUAGCGGUGAAGAUGCUUUCAAUGACAUCAAUUGCCCCGUACAGUCUCGAAGCGGGUGUUUGAUUCAUGCAUGGAUAGAGGUACCUGCACUGAUGGAGACAGGCAAAGAGAAGGACGGAGUGGGAGACAGUCCGGAAGACAUGCAGGAAGAGGUGGUAGAGGGAGAGGGUCCAGAUAGGUGGAGCAGGGGCAGACGAUGGAAGAAGCGGACGGCUCGGUAG